AGCCCAACAUUCAUUGGGCGACGCUAAACAACGCAAAUGCAGCAGAAAACGAAAAUUUCACAUUAAACUUGCGCCAAAAUAUUAAGACAAACACUAAACGUAUAACAAAUUAAGGAAAACCGCUGCAGCACUGCAUGUGCACUGUGCAAUAGUAAAAAUAGCAAUCGAGCGGUUAAAAGAAAGUCAAUACGAACACGCAACGCGGCAAAAAGGUAACCGUCCCCCACCCCUUUUGAGGGGGGAAAGGCAAACGUAAAGGAAAAGCAAAGCUAUAACGUAAAAAAGGAGGCAAGGCAAGAGUUAAAGAGCAGCUCCGAGUCUCGUUACAAACAAUAACAAUUACGAGCUGAAAAUGUGCAACAACAACAACAAGUGCUAAACUAAGUGGGGUAACAGCAAAACAAAACAAAAACAAUUGAAAAAUGCAGCAAGUGGACGAUCCGCCAUCGCUGCCCGUGGGCACCGAGGUGAGCGCCAAAUACAAGGGCGCCUUCUGCGAGGCCAAAGUCAGCAAAGUGGUGCGCAACAUUAAAGUGAAGGUUGCCUACAAACAAGGUCUCGGCUCUGGGAUUGUGUCCGAUGAUGCCAUCAAAGCGGCACCCGGACAACUGCGUGUCGGCACGGUCAUCGAGGUGCGGCACCCGGAUCGCAAGGAAUACGUCGAGGCGACGAUUACAAAGAUACAGGAUUGCUCCCAAUACACGGUUGUGUUUGACGAUGGCGACAUAACAACAUUGCGUCGCACAGCGUUGUGCCUGAAGAGUGGCCGGCAUUUCAAUGAGAGCGAAACACUCGAUCAAUUGCCGCUCACACAUCCCGAACACUUUGGCAAUCCGGUGGUGGGCGGCCGACGCGGACGUAGGCGUGGCCAAUUGAACGAUGGCAGCUCCGAUGAUGAUGACGAAAGCGAUGCCAAGGAGGUGGUCAACGAGAAGGAGGAGAACAUUGGCAAAGUGGUGUGCGUGGAGACCGAAUCGAAGAAGAAGGACAAAGAGAAAUGGUUCCCGGCGCUUGUGGUUGCGCCCACAGCGCAGGUGAGCAAACAAGCAACGGUGCGCAUACGCGUCAAGGACGAGUAUCUGGUGCGUUCGUUCAAGGAUGGACGCUACUACACGGUGCCCAAGAAGGAGGCCAACGAGUUCACACGCGAAAUGUCCACCAAACAAGAUGGUCCGGCCAUACAGGCGGCCCUUGAAUUUCUCGAUAGCAGCGUACUGCCAGCGCAUUGGGAUCGUGAUUCGCUGUUUGGGUUGAGCAAUUUGACCAGCGAUGAUGAUGGCGAAAUCGAUUCAGAUUCAUCCGAUGAUGAACCGCAUGAGGAGAAGGAUUUGUUUGUCGCUCAAUUGUACAAAUACAUGGAUGAUCGUGGCACACCGUUGAACAAGGUGCCAUCAAUACAGAGUCGCGAUGUGGAUCUAUAUCGUCUCUUUCGGGCGGUGCAAAAACGCGGUGGCUACAAUCGUGUCACCGCCAAGAAUCAAUGGAAGCUGAUUGCGGUGCGUUUGGGUUUCACGCCCUGCACCCUGAGCGUCAUGAAUCUGGUGAAGCAGGCGUACAAGAAAUUCCUGCAACCCUACGGCGAUUUCCAUCGCAAACUCGGCUGCUCCAUGCUGAUGCCGUCGCGCAACUCGAAUCGCAGCAAAGGACGCAGCCUGGUGCGUGCCAAUUCGGUGGCAUCGCCCAAACCCGCGGAUACCUCGAAAAUGGAAUCGAUUAGCAAACUAGCGGUGGCCAAUCAAACAGCUGCCGCUUUAGCCAGCAGCAGUUCCUCAACAUCAAGUGCAGCAGCUGCCGCGGCUGCAUCGACUUCAGCUGCCGCCUCGACGCCAGCACGUGCAGCUUCAACGGCAUCACAGUCGGCGGCCGAGGAAUCGGAGAACACAAGCGAAUCGAGUGUCGUUGUCGAGCCGGUGAAGAAGCAACGCAAAGCAUCCGCAGCCAGCAGUGGCAAAGUGAAGAGUCUUGUGGAGAAGUAUGAGGAGAAGACCACCGAGAAAUCAUCAGCAGCAGCAGCGAGCACAUCAUCAGCAGCUGCCGCAGCAGCCACCUCAUCCUCCUCCUCCGCCUCGAAUGCCAACAGCAGCAGCAGCAGCGCAACAGCUUCGACUGCAUCAACAGCUGCCGCAACAGCCGCAAACACUUCAACAGCAAACGCCACAACAGCAGCAGCAGCAGCCGCCGCUGCUGCAGCCUCGGCAAGCAGCAAGGAUGCCGAGGCCGAUGUGCCAUUGUCCAAGAUCAGAGCAGCUGCCGUCACACGCAACAGCAUCGAUAAGGAGCCCAAUGCCGGGGGCAGCAAUGCAGCCAGCAAGGCUGCAGCAGAGGCGCAGCGAAGUCGCGAUGUUUCGCCAACAGCGGCGUCUGCAGCAGCAACAACAACAACGUCGUCCGCAGCGGCGGCAGCGACUGCAGCAGCGACAGCAACAACAACAGCAGCGGCAACAACAACAUCAAGCACAACAACAACGACAGCAACAACAACAGGAGCAGCAACAGUAUCAACAACAGCUGCAGCGUCGUCAGCAACAGGCGGAUCAAGUGCAACGACAACAUCCACAACAACAGCAACGGCUGCAGCAGCAACAACAACAACAACAGCACCAACAACUACUUCAGCAGGAGGAACAGCAGCAGCGACAGCAGCAGCAGGUGCAUCGACAUCGUCGUCGUCGGCAUCGUCAUCGACGUCGAAGAAGGAGAAACAUCAGCAGCGCAAGCAGGUGGAGAAAGGCGACGAGAAACGCGGCAAGCGCAAAAAGGACGAGACGAGUGUUGAGAAAAUUGACACGGGCGACUUUAUAGUGGGCAUCGGUGACAAGUUGAAGGUCAAUUACCACGAGAAGAAGUCACCGAGCUCCCAUGGCAGCACGUACGAGGCAAAGGUCAUCGAGAUUAGCGUGCAGCGCGGUGUGCCCAUGUAUCUGGUGCACUACACCGGCUGGAACAAUCGCUACGACGAAUGGGUGCCCCGCGAACGCAUCGCCGAGAAUCUGACCAAGGGAUCCAAGCAGAAGACGCGCACCAUCAGCACGAGCAGCGCCAACAGCGGCAGCGGCGGCAACAGCGCCCAAGCAGCUGGCUCCUCCUCAUCAGCCGCUGCCGGUGGAAACGGCGGUGGUGGUGGCAGCAAUGGCAACGGUGGCAAUGGCAAUGCGACCACAGCGGGCAGCGGAUUGCAGCCCAAGGAUGGUCCCGGCAAGUCUGCUGGAGGUGCAGCAACAGUUGGUGGAUCAUCCGAGCAACAACAGCAGCAGCCACCUGGUGGCGGCUCGCUGCAGAGUCUAGGCAAGACACCGGCAUCGACGCCAGCCACGCCCACGUUGACGAGCAGCAAACGGGGUCGCGGACGCAGCGAUUCAAUGCCGCCGCGCUCAACGACACCCUCAUCGGUGGCCUCCAAUUCGAGUCGCACCAAAUCCCCAGCAGCAGCCGCAUCGCAGUCGCAGCUCAAGCAGAAACGUGCCACACGCACAUUGCCGCAUGCCACAAGCAGCAGCAGCAAUCAGCAUCAGCCGCGUCGCAUCUCAGCCUCGGCUUCGGUCUCAGCGAAUGUGUCGGAUGCAUCGAUGCCCAGCGACACGGACACCGAUUCCGAUGAGCCAGUGCGUCGCCCAAAGCGUCUCAAUGCCAAGGAGCAACAGCAACUGCAGCAACAGCAGAGCUUUGCCAGCAAGUCUGCGAAGGCAACAGCCGCAAUGGCCAAGAAGGUUGCAUCGGCGCGCUUGGCCCACAACAGCGGCAGCGAUGACAGCGAGGAUGAGGAUGACGAAAUGCCGCCAAGUAAGCAGCAGGCGCAGUCCACGGCACAGCAACCCUCAACGCCCGUGCAGCGACAACGCGCCGGCAAUCGUGCGCUGAGCAGCGGCAGUGCAGCAACCACAACAGCAGCAGCAGCAACCACAGCUGGCGCAUCAACUGCUGCUGCAGCGAGCAAAGGACGCGACUAUGAUCUCAGCGAGAUACGCUCGGAGCUGAAAGGUUUCCAGCCACAACUUUUGGAUCGCAAGGAUUCUGCCAUCAAGAGCGAACCAGGCGAUGCAAACACAACAGCAACAUCAGCGACAGCAACGGUUGCUGCUGGCAAACAAGAGCCCAAGACGGGCAGCUCCACUGAGCAGUCCUCAGAAACAGAUUCGUACCUCGACGAAGAUUCGCAAUCAUCCGAGAAGGUUGACUAUCGCAUCAAGACGAAGUCGAGUCUGGAGAAGACCAAACUGGAGCCAAGCGAGACAAUCAUCAAGAAGGAGCAAGCCGAACAGCUGCCAAUCAAGCAUGAGACAUCAACGGGCGAAAGCAAACCGAGCGCCUUCAAAACGGAGCCCAAGGAGGAGCCACAAACGAAACCCUUCCACAGUGGUGCGGACAUCAAGCCAACGACAGCGUCGACGAGCAGCUCACUGCUGAUUGCUCCCGCUCGCUUCACGGCCAGCGGCAGCAAAUGCACCUCGGUGAUUGUGGAGAAGCCGCUGCGCAAAACCGAAGCAGCUGGCGGAGGAGCAACAACAACAUCAACAGCAGCAGCGGGGGCAACUGGCAGCUCGAUUUCGAUCUUCAAGAAGAUGGAGCUGCUGAAGAAGGGCAGCCCGCUGGCAACGCAAUUGGAAUCACCCGCCGUGUGCUCACCCUCCAGCUCCAGUUCAUCGUCGAGCUCCUUCUGCUCGAGCAGCAACAGCUCGGCGAUCACGACAGUCAGCGUGAGCAGCUCCUCAGCUACCCGAUCGUUGCCUGACAUGAGCAAACUGGAGAUUAGCAGCGGCAUCACGGCCACAACAUCAGCUGCGGCGGGCAAGGAGUCCAAAUAUAGCAGCGGCAACAGUGGCGCCAACAGCAGCAGCAGCAACAUCAACGUCGGCAGCAGCAACAUUGCCAGCGGCAUCAAAUUGCUGUCGUCGGAUGUGUACGAGUUCAAGGACACGGAACCCUUUGAGUUCGAGAAACGCAUCUCGCCCAUGACAUCGAUGGUUGUCGGUGGUGGCAGCAGCGGUGGCGUCGCUGCCUCGGUGAUUGCCGGCGCAACGCCAACAAGCAGCGGCAGCAGCAAUGUUGCCGGCAACUUUGAUACGCAACGCAAGCACAACUUGAAGCUGAGUGCAAUGAUGCAGAGCAUGGCUGAUGUGACGACAACAACAACCACAACGGGUGCAGCAGCAGCCACAACAGCGACAGCAAUAACAGCAACAUCAACUGUGGCUGUUGCUGGUGCUGCCUCAGGUUUUGUGGCAACGCCGUGCAAGCUCAAGAAACGCGGUUCGCCGCUUAAGGAAGCCACGUUGACGGCACCCGACAACAAGCCAAAGAUGCCCAAGCUCGAACAGCAACAACAGCAGCAACCAGCAACGGCAACCACAAGUGGCAGCAGCGUGAAAGCAACGCCUGCAAAGGUGGCACCAACAACAGCGACAGCAGCAACAGUUGGCGUCACACAACUGACACCAGGACAUGCGACGCCCUUCGAUGUGCUGCGCAAAUCGCCGAGCUUCAAUCUAAAUAUCACCGCACUCAACGAGGAGUUGGCACAAACUGUGCAGGAGACAACGCGCGUUCUCACCGAUGCACUGCAGCCACCGACGACGCCAGCAACACCGCCAGCGAAUGCUGCCACAGUAGGAGCAACAAUUGCUGCUACACCAACAGCUGGCGUGGUUGCUGUCUCGCCCAAGUUAAGCACACCACCGCAAGCAAUGGGCGUGGCCAAGGCAACGCAACAGCAGCAACAGCAAUCGAUUGUUGGCAGUCCCUUCAUGGAGACACGCAACGUGUUUGAGCUGAGCACCUCGAACGAGGGCAGCGGCUACAGUUCCGGUGAAUCGAACAAGGACAACAAACUGGAGAAGCUGGAGAAUGUGAAAAUCUUGCUCGCCGGCACUGCGGGUCCCUUCGAUCUCGAUGCGGUAAAGUAUGAGCAGAAACCAAGUUCGAUAGCGGAUAAGGUGCUCAAGGCCAUUAGCCAGAAGAAGGAGGAGGUCGAGCAGAGCAAGAGCAAGAGUCAGGCGGACACCAGCAGCAGCAGCAACGCAGCAGAGAAAGAAACAGAGCCAGCAACACAACAACAGCCGCAGCAGCCGCAACCAUCGCCACAAACAUUGCCGCAAGCCGCCAACUUGAAGCAACUUGAGCUGAGCAGCUUGCUGAAUCUGCAACUGAUUAGCGAACCCCUCAAAAUCCUGACGCCAGGUGUGUUGAGUGAUCUCAAUCAUCGCACCAGCAGCAGCAACAGCCCCGAGACCAAGUCCAUAUUGGACGCCUCGCUGACGGCGAAGAACAGCGAACUCACCGAGACCAUCCAGAAGCUCGAGUGCGCCAUACAGCAGCGAAAAACACCCGUCGCCGGUCAAUCGUUGGCCUCCUCAACAGCGGGCACUCCGCCGGUGACGGCGACGGCGCCGCAAAGUUUCUCCGACGAGUCGAUGGACAGCACCGAUUCGGAGCAACGGCUGGUGAUCGAGGAUGUGAUGGUCGAGGAGCCGAGCAUUAUCAGUGACCUGAAGAGUCCCAUGUCCACCGCCUCCGACAGUCUGUCGGGCAGUGCGCCCGUCAAACUCGAGGCCACCGGCAGCAGCAAACAGCAGUUGAGCGGCGUUGCAGCACCGAUUGCACUGAAGCCAAUGCCGCGUCUGCUUUCGCGGACGCCAACAGCCGGAGGAGCUGCAGCAGCAGCAGCUGCAACACCGCCUGGCACAAUCUCACCGAUCAUGCCCAUCUAUGUGCCCAUUGUGCUCCCCGAAAUACCCGCCUCCGUGGUCGUUGCCCUGCGUCACAGUCCAAGCGCAGCCGGCGGCAGCAGCAGCGGAAUUAGCAGUCCAGCAUCGCCUAAGACGGAGCCAACGAAAGUGCCGCCAUCACCUUUGGCUGUUGCUGAUGUGGAUGCGACGGCAGCCAGCAGCACAGCGCAGCAGCAACUGUUGCUGAAACCUUGCCCCGCACAGCUCAGUCCCAUGCAACAAAUGGAUGCGAGUGUUGUGGCAGCUGGCGCAGAGCUGGCUAAAGGCAACUCGCUCUUCUCAACAACAACGUCGUCAGCGGCAGUUGCCUCGUCACCGUUGCCGCGUCCAUUUGUCCUCCAACCCGUGAAGGAGAAGGACAUGCCCAUGCAUGUUUCUCCCGCUGCCAGCAGUCCGUUGAUCAGCGAUCCCAGCCACAACGAGGCGGCCAUCAAUCUGCUGUGCGAGGAGACAAUUCCCGGCAGCCCGGCGCCCAACUACAGCACCAAGGACGAACCGAUUGUUGCCUCCAUCAGCAGUAGCAAUGUUAUUGCCGCUGCUAUACCAACAACACCAGCUGCUGCCGUUGCUGUCAGUUCAGCCAGCUCAGUGCUCUCCAUAUCGGGCAUCACUCCAUUGACGCCGGAGCCAGCGCCGCGUUCACCACGCGCCACGCAUGUGCAGCCAACGAUUUCGGCUGCUGUUGCAACCGCUGCUCCGGCAGCAACCACUGCAGCAGCAACCACAGGAGCAGCAACAGCAGCCGCAAGUGCGCCGUCGCCGUCACGCAGCUCACCGGAAUCGCCAGCGAGUCAGGAUGACAGCAGCGAGGAGACCGGCAGCAGCAGCAUGCUAAGCGCAGCCAAGAAAUAUGCCGAGAGCGUAUUGGAGAGCAACACAUCGCUGGCUGGCCGACGCAAGCGACCGCGCACCAAGGCUUCCGAUGCGAAUGCGUCGAAUGCAACAGCCACCGCCUCCUCCUCCUCCGCGGCUGCUGGACAGUUGAGCAGCUCCGAGAUGCAGAAGAGACGUCGACAGCAUUUGAGCAACAUGCGCAAAACAACAGCCACAACGGCUGGUUCGGAUACAGAUGAUAAUUCGGAUAACGUUGUGACGACACAACGACAGAGCGGACGUCAACAACUGUUGCCGCAAGCACAGCAACAGCAACUGCAACAGCAGCAGCAACAACAACAGCAGCAACAACAGCAGCAACAACUGCAACAGCAACAACAACAACUGCAACAGCAGCAACAAGUUGUGGUCACUGCCUCCGGAGUUCGUCCCUGUCCCUACAACUUCCUCGUCGAGUUGGAUCCAUCGCUUAGCGCUGAGCAGUGCAUAUUGAUAUUGCGUAAGCAGAUUCAGGAUUUGCGCAAGGCUUACAAUUCGAUCAAGGGCGAGUUGGCGGUGAUCGAUCGACGGCGCAAGAAGUUGCGAAGACGCGAACGCGAAAAGAAGCAGCAUCAACAGCUGCAGGGCGGGCAACAGGGCAAAGUGUGCACCUGAGGGCAGCAUCAACAGCUGGAGGCGGAGGCAGAGGAGGACGAGCAGCAACAGGAGGCGCCAAGAUUUCGAUUACGUUUUCAAGUUCCCAAAACGCAAUAUCUACAUCAUAUAUAAUCAACAUGUACAUAAUAUCAAUAUGUACACGAUUCAAAUGAUAGCAGAUCGUUGUUAAUUUAGACAUUUAAGUCGUUUCUAUUCGAUAACCAUAUUUACCUUUUCUUUUUUUUUUGUGUGUUUCUAAUGUGAGAAUAAGUGUAGGACUUAGUGUGGCCUACGAAAUUGCAGUAAUAAAAAUACGAGUACACAAUUACCAGAAACACUUUAAUUGGAAUUACUUUUGCACAUAGUGGAUGGAGUGUAGAUUUUAUUAAGAGACAGAGUAACCGCCUUCGAGAUUGAUGUGAUGGCCAUUGACAAAGCUGGAUUUCUCGCUCAACAGAUAGCCAAUGGCAUCGGU